CAGGGAGGAGGCUUUGUCUUUGUCACUCUAGUCUCUCAUUAAUCUCCAAAUCCUUCUCAGGGUCAUGCAAGACUGAGAUAUCAUUACAGAGCACAACAGAACAAAUGAACCACAAGUGUACUCCUCCUUUGAAAACACAAGCUGUAAUUUGACUGUAUCUUUAAUUUCACCAAAAAGAAGGUCUGUGGUUCUAAGGGGCUCUGUGAUUCUUCAGAUCAAGAGAGAAUGGGACAGGAUUUGAUUUAAAGGAAAACAGUCGGGGGAAAGGAAUGACUGUUGUACCUACAUCAGGGGAUAUUGCAGUCACUCACAAAGUAUCUCCGAUAAUGGAGGUGGAUUCAGAGGAGGAAGAUGAAGACCCAGUUCCAGCUCCAAGUGCAGGACGUAUAUUUAACAUCAACAACAGCAACAACAAUGAGGAGGAAGACAAGAAGAAAAAGAAAAAGGAGAAAAAAGAAAAGAAGGAGAAAAAAGAGAAAAAAGAAAAGAAAGAGAAGAAAGAAAAAAAAGAGAAGAAAGAAAAGGAUGAAAAAGAAAAAGAAAAUGAGAAAGCGAAAGAAAAGGAAAAGGAAAAGGAAAAGGAGAAAGAAAAAGAAAAGGAAAAAGAGAAAGAAAAAGAAAAGAAGGAGGGGCCCAAGGAGGUGUUUGUGAUUAACCCAGCGGGACUCCUGUAUUAUCAAUGGCUGCUUGUAAUCACAAUUCCUGUCAUGUACAAUUGGACAGUUAUAAUUGCAAGAGCCUGCUUUGAGGAACUGCAGAAUGACUAUCUACUGAUAUGGUUCCUCCUGGACUACACCUCUGACUUGCUUUAUUUGGCUGACAUGGCCUUCAGAGCACGAACAGGGUACCUGGAACAAGGCUUGCUUGUCAAAGAUGAAAAGCUCCUCCUCCAGAAGUACACCAGCAGUCUCCAGUUCCGGAUCGAUGUCAUCUCUAUGCUACCCACAGACAUCUUCUACUUCGUUUUAGGAUUAGACUACCCAGAGAUCCGCAUAAACAAGUUGCUCCGCCUGAACCGCAUGUUUGAGUUCUUCACCAUCUCAGAAACCAUGACCAACUACCCUAACAUCUUCCGAAUCUGCACUUUGGUCAUGUACAUCAUCAUCAUCAUCCACUGGAACGCAUGCCUCUACUUCUCCUUCUCCAAGUCCAUUGGGUUCGGAUCAGAUGCAUGGGUGUACCCUUCUCUUGACGAACCGGAGUUCGGAGAGCUGAUGCGAAAAUAUUCUUUUAGCCUCUACUGGUCUACGCUUACCCUCACCACAAUUGGAGAGACGCCAUCUCCGGCGCUAGACUCUGAAUUCCUCUUCCACGUUGUUGACUUCCUGGUGGGCGUAUUGAUCUUUGCCACCAUUGUAGGUAACAUUGCUACAAUGAUCUCAAAUAUGAACGCAGCCCAGGCUCAGUUCCAGGCCAGGAUCGACAACAUUAAGCAGUACAUGCAUGCGCGACAUGUCAGCAAGGACCUCGAGAAGCGUGUCAUCAAGUGGUUUGACUACCUGUGGACUAACAAGAAGGCACAGGAUGAAAGAGAGGUGCUGAGGUACUUGCCAGACAAAUUACGAGCAGAGUUAGGCAUGAACGUGCAUUUAGAGACCCUCCUGAAGGUGCGGAUCUUUGCCGACUGCGAGGCAGGGUUGCUGACCGAGUUAGUGUUGAGGCUUCGCCCUGUAGUCUUCAGUCCCGAUGACUACAUCUGCCGCAAGGGUGAUAUUGGGCGGGAGAUGUACAUAAUAAAGGAAGGCAAACUUGCUGUGGUGGCCGAUGAUGGCGUCACUGUAUUUGUAGUCCUUGGCGAUGGAAGCUACUUUGGUGAAAUUAGCAUUCUAAACAUCAAGGGCAGCAAGGCUGGGAACCGCAGGACAGCAAAUAUUAAAAGCAUAGGGUACUCAGACCUCUUCUGCUUGACCAAAGAUGAUCUGAUGGAAGCUCUGACGGAAUAUCCCGAUGCUAAAGCUAUGCUGGAAGAGAAAGGAAGACAGAUUCUGCUGAAGGAUGGUCUGCUGGAGCUGGACCCUGCGAAACUAAAGCCAGACGAGAGGGACUUGGAGGAACGCGUAAACCGAAUAUACAGCACAAUGCAGUUGAUGCAGACCAAGGUAAACAAGCUGGUGGCGGAACAGGAGGAGACACAAAAGAUGAUCAAACGCCGAAUUGCUCAGAUAGAGCGCUUGACUGGGGAAGUGGUGGAGGAUGAAGAUGAAGAGGAGGAGAAGAAAGAAGAAGAGCCAGAGAAAGAGAAGACUGAAGAAGACAAGGAAAAGACGGAAGAAAAAGAGGAGGAAAAGAUUGAAGAAGAGACCGAAGAGAAAAAGAAAGAUGAGGAGUCAUAGGAUAAGACUUUAUGAGAAUAGCUCUGGAUGAAAAUCACAGACGAAGAAAUCUAAACACUAAUACGUUCAAAUUAAAAUCAAAAACUUCUUAACUCUUGUUCUUAGUAACACUGAUUUGUUUAUCCAAUUUGACUUUGUUCAUUGUCCACUACAUGAAAAAUGUCUUGUGCAGCCAAUAAAUUCUUGUAAAGGCAACAACAGA